AUGCGAUUCUUUAUUUCAGUGACACUUUGUAUCGCGUAUGAAUUUUUCGCUCAAGAAUGCAAAAAGGAUGAGCAUGCAAUUUUUGGUAUGAUGCUUCGAAGACACACCUUCAAAAAGUUGAAAUCGUCGAUUGCAGUCGAAUGUAAUCGAGCGUGUAACGAUGAUUUUCGAUGUCACAGCUUCAAUUACUUAAUUACGGAGAAAUUAUGUGAACUAAACAACCGGACUAAGGAGGCCAGACCAGAGAACUUUGUACCAAAUUCGGAGAGAUAUUAUGUCAGGAGUAAUAAGAAAAGAGGUGAGUUUCAUCGCCCAAAAGGACUUAACAAUGAGUGUAAAAUUUAAACUUUCUAAACUACUAUGGGGGUUGGUUGGUUAAAUUUGAGACACCAUGGACAAAAGACAUGAUAUUACUCCAAAUUUAUACUUUCGAAAGCAAAUUAUUUUCCAUGAAAGAAAGUGGAUAGCGUUAUCCGUAGUUUAAAUUUCUGGGCCCUAGCUCUUUUUUUUUUUUUUGAUCGAGAGGAGUAAUGAUAUUUAUUAUCCAACUGCACAAAGUAGGGAACAAAUAAUGCGCGAAUAGAGUGCAAAUAUCCUGCGAUAUUGUACAGUUAUUAUCGACAAUUGGUUAUUUCCCACCGUAAAAAAAAACUGUUUGACAAGUUGGCUACACUUGCCUUCUCUUGUACCGUAUUUAACAACUGUUCCAUGUUUGUUAGUAAAGAGCCUUCAGCUCCUCAAGUACCGGCAGCGAUUAAUUCAAAGCGUCGUCGCUUUGUGAUCGAGUCGGAUGAUGAAAAUGAAAUGUAGUUUUUGGAAAUUAUUUUCAUAUGCAAAGGGCACAUCCAUGUCUUUAAGAGCUUGUCUCCUGGCAGAUUCAAAGCUUUGUUACUGGCGAUAAAUUAUGAAUCACUUUUCAUUGAUAAAUGUACACUUUCAUACUUGCAGCAAAUUCGUACAAUUUGAGAACAGCAAUCGAAAAUGAAAUUCAACUUUUAAUCGUUUUGAAACCUUAUGUGACAAGUUGACGGCUCAACUCGUAAAAAUACUCAGCGAUCUACACACCUAAACGUCUAGUAAGAAAGUUGUUAGAGGGUGGAAGUACAGCUAGAAAUUAUCUUUGAUGAAAAUAUUUCUUGUCCUCAGUUCCUCUUGGUUCCAUUCUUGAAUUUCCAGCGGAAACAUGUGAAGAGAUAAACGCCAGCGAAGAUGGAAAAGCGAAAAGUGGCGAGUACUGGAUUUAUUCCGUUAUAACGGGAAAAACUGCUCUGGUUUCUUGCGAUAUGGAACCAGAAGGUAAAAAUAUUCAAGUUCUUGUUGUUGCGGCUGAUAUGAAUGUGAAAAAAUUUGUUUAAAAAUUUAUAGUUCUGGUAAUUUAGAUAUAAAGCUAAUGACAAUAAUAUACACUUUUUGUUGCCUUUCAAUGAAAACCUUAAAGCAACCAUCAUAAAUGGUAGUAGACCUUACCCUCAUCAUUUCCCAUUUGCACAUAUUUGUAUUUAUUGAGUAAAAAAAGUUAUGUGUACUCUAUGAUUCGGCAGACUUUCAAGGGCCAAAUUCUUUCUAUCAUCACGGCUCGACCAAGGAACUUUAGCAAGUGAUUAAUUGUAAAGCAUUCAGACCAAACUAGCAUAUGAAUAUGCAACUUUUGCAGGCAAAUGUGUGUGUUUGAUGACCGUUACCAUUUUAACCGACUACCAUCCAUACCAAAAAAAAAAAGCAUAAAAUCGACUCAUGUUUGUGGCCUGCAACAUUUCUAGCGCGGCACUAAUUAUUCCUGUCCUACGUUGUAUGUGAUAUUUGUAUCAACCCGCUAAUCUAUAUCAACAGAUAUUGACGAAUGUGCCAGCGGUGUUCACAAUUGCCACAGUUCAGCUUCAUGUACCAACACUGUAGGAUCGUUCAAGUGCUCAUGUAACAAGCCCUACAUAGGGGAUGGAAAAUCUUGCAUUCCUCUCCCGUCAGGUACAAAGUUGAGUCGGGUCUUCCAAUGUUGCUGCUUUUGUAACUAUGCUUUCACGCAGGCAUCCGGCUUGACAUAGAUACAAGCAACAGGGGGGUAAUAAACUUAUUACUCAGAUAGUAAUCAAGCAACUAGCAACUUACUUUUUUUGCUUCAUUUUUUCGCUCAAAGAUUUUUGUUGCUUCAUAUCUUUGGAUUUCACGUGACGUUAUGAAAAUCGAAAAUCCAAAAUAAUUAACAAUAAUCCACUUAAGUGGAGGAGAGUAGUCGUGGAUAUUUAUCGAGCCGUCAAGCGCCGAGGUAAAUAUCCACCACUUUAACCGACAGUGGUAAUGAAGAAUGUUUGAAUGUCAGACAAUAUAACGAAUAUUGGUUGAAAAUUAGAUUUAACUUAAAAGAACUUGCAAAUCACUCCCGAACCAGCCAAUCAGCGCACGCGAAAAGCACCAUUCACUGGGGUGUUUUAUACUAUCAAGGGCAGCAACUCCUUGGUGUUCGACGGAAGGGCACCAACUUGGCAUCCCCAUACUGAGCUCUUAAAAUUUAGGUCAUAAAUCAUCAGCGGAAAACCUGCAGAUCUGAUACUUUAGCAGAUUGUUUUAUUUAUGAUUGUUUGUUUAUUGAUAAUGUACAGUAGCUCACUCUCUUGGGGUCGGGCGUCUAGUAUGUAGUUUUGCUUUUAGUUUUCAAUUGGAUGACGGUGAAAACCAUCAACAGUAAAAUCCUAGGCAACAAUAGGGAGAGGACAACUGAUGACUCAAAAAGUAAUCAAACAACGAACACUGCCGAAACUUUUUUUAAUUUUUUUGCGCGGAAUGUUUGAGACGGUUGCUUGCGCUGAAGAUCUUCCGCCUUAACUCCAGAGGAAAUUAAAUAUGCUUGUAACAACAAACGAGGAAAGUCAAAACAAGAAAAACCAUGACUACUUGAAUUGAAUUCAUGUUGUGACUCUUUGAUGUGAUUAUGCGGCCGUAAAACUAUUUCGUAACUGACUUCAUUUGUUUGGUCAUGAUGGCUAGAUAUUGGCUGCGUUUUUAUCGCGUUUUUCCUGGAGUCAAAAAUGUAAAGAUUAAUACACUAGGAGAUUUUAAUCUCUUAACUACACUAAUAAGUAGCGCAGAGGUCAUAUAUUCUAUAUAAAUCAAAUACCAAGGGUUUUACUUGGUUUGUUUCGAUUCUUGGACCUACGUCAAUCAUUUCUACUCUGUCCAUUUUAGAGUGUCAAAACUAUCAAAGUCUGACUGGGUCAGACAGAAAGAUAACCUAUGGCAAUCAAAACACGGUUUGUGACAGAGGUAUUCAUGGUUGGUAUCGCUUUGAAGGAGCAGCAGGUACAAGAAUGCCUACUUCAUGUCCACCAAAACAGCGAUGUAACACUCACGCAUCCGGUUGGCUAAAUGGUGCUCAUCCCACAGUGGCUGAUGGUCAGGUCACCAGGACAGUUUGCUUCCACUGGGGGUCAAACUGCUGCAACUGGUCAAGAUCUGUCAACGUGAUAAACUGCGGCGAUUACUAUGUUUACUACAUAACUGGCACACCCGCAUGUUCCCUCCGCUACUGCAGCACAGACUAA